AUGAAUAACUUUAACGAUGCGAUUGACUUCGAAGAUCUUUUCAAAGUGAUGGUCAUUGCAAUGCGAUUAAGCUGGUCUCACCCAGACGUACCCCGAAACCUAAAAUGGUUGUUUCGUUUCCUAUUAUAUCACUCGAUCAUGACCAUUAUUGCCUGUCUCUCUGCGUACAGCAUUAUCUUUCAUGAUAUCAAAUAUGACAUUUCUCGAGCGUGCACUAACGGAAUCGCAGUGCUUAUAUAUUUUGUUGUCUCUUUCAAAUAUGGCCUUCUAGUAUGGCAUCAACAUAAAUUCAAAACCAUCAUAGAACAGAUCAAACAUGAUUAUAAAGUCGCCGUCUCCUUGCCUCACAAAGAAUACAAUGUGGUUUUAUUGUAUGCACAAAAAGGUAGGGAAGUGACUCAUUUCUGGCUCAAAUGUAGCGCCGCUGCGAUUUUAUUAUUUCCGGUGAAAUCUUUUGCGCUCAUGUCGUAUUAUUAUAUCAAAGGUGAUUUCAGAUACGUAGCUCCAUUAGAAUUAGCCCUACCCAACAUUUUUGAUCCCGAAAAUAACGAAGUUGAAUGUUUCAUCGCUAUUUUAAUUUUGUUCUCGUUGACUGAGAUCUAUGUUUUCUGUGUAUAUUUAUCAUUUUCACCUUUGGGGCCAAUCGCAAUUUUACACGCUUGUGGGCAACUGGAAAUAGCAAGAAUGCGAUCAUUAAAUAUAUUUUCACAAUGUGACAAUAGGGAUGAUGCGAAGAAAAUAAUAAAAUCUGUUGCAAAGGCUUUUCAAGAAAUAUACAGCUUUGUAGAUGUAAUCAAUAUGAGUCUCUAUUUCUAUUACGAAGUAUUAUUUAAAGCAGGGGGUGUUCUAUUCCCGGUGGCGGUGUAUCAGAUUAUUCAGACGUGCAAAGAAGGCAAUCUCAGUAUUGAUGUAAUAGCAAUAUUAAUUGGAGGUCUAGUUUUGUGUUGUGUACCUUGUUACUUCAGUGAUAUGUUGAUGGAAAUGAGUGAGAAAGCAAGGUUCGCUCUUUAUUCGUGCGGCUGGGAAAAUUACAAAGAGAGUGAUAUGCGAUUAACUUUAUUGAUAUUGUUAACGCGGACAAUACAGCCCGUCGCCAUAAGAACUGUAUUUCGUAACGUCUGUCUGGAUGCACUAACUGACAUAUUUCAUCAAUCCUAUGCAAUAUUUAGCCUCCUAAACGCUGUGUGGGUUUAA